AACACGUAUGUACUGAACUUUGGAGCGGAACAUGAAGGUAUUUAGACAGUUGGGAAAGAUUUCUGCCUGAAGGGAAAAAUCACAGAGAAAAUGGUGAAGAUUUAUCCCAUUAUUUUGAUAUGCAGUUUGCUGCUAGAAACCUGGCUUUCUUCUGAAGCUUCAGUGUUUCUGCCGAUGGAUCUGGCAGGCUCUCUUUUAAAGAGACAGAAACGCUAUAACACAGGUAGAUUAGAGGAGAUGAUGAAGGAUAAUUUGGAGAGGGAAUGUUAUGAAGAACGCUGCAGUCUAGAGGAGGCCAGAGAGGUUUUUGAAGACCAGGAAAAAACCAUGAAAUUCUGGAUCACUUAUAUGGAUGGAGACCAGUGUCAGUCAUCUCCCUGUCAGAAUGGAGGGAAAUGUGAGGAUGGGAUGAACACAUACACCUGCUGGUGUCCAGCACGCUUUAGUGGGAAGAACUGUGAGUUAGAAAUGGCAAAACAGUGUAAAGUAAAUAAUGGAGGCUGCAUGCACUUCUGCACUGUGGAUAAAAUUUAUGGUGCAGUGUGUGACUGUGCCAGGGGUUACAGACUGGCUCUGGAUGGCAGGACUUGUGAACCUACAGGGCAGUACCCAUGUGGACGUCUUGGAGCGAAUAUUGCUGAAACACUUAAGACAAGGUCUCUUAUCAGUACCGAGAAUGGGAAUCAAAAUCUCUCUCUCAAUCACAUCAAUACAACAGAGUCCAGUCCUACAGAUCUUCCUGAUGUGAACGGGACUAGCACACCUCAGCUUACACUGGAAAACAUCACCUCAUUCUUUCCCACUCAGCCCCCCAACACUGACCAUCGUAUUGUAGGAGGAAGCGAGGCAACACCAGGGGAGAUUCCAUGGCAGGUGGUUUUUAUGGAAAAGGUGAAUAAGAUUGCAUUUUGUGGCGGCUCUCUCCUCAGUGAUGAAUGGGUCAUUACAGCUGCCCACUGUGUUGAAGGAAAGGUGGGAUCUUUCUUCAUCAGAUUGGGGGAGCAUGAUGUGUCAAAGAAUGAGGGAAGAGAGAGUGACCACGGCAUAGAGGAGUACCAUAUCCAUCCAAGUUACAACUCUCAACGGAGUCUUUACAAUCAUGACAUCGCCCUGUUAAAGCUCAAGGGACCCGCCAAAUUCUCUGACUACGCCCUGCCCAUCUGCCUGGGCUCUAAGGACUUCACAGAGAACUUGCUUAGGAGUGCAGAAAACUCCCUGGUGAGUGGCUGGGGGAGGCUACGGUACGGGGGCAUGGAAUCUAAAACACUUCAGAAAGUAGAGCUCCCCUACGUGGACCGGACGGAGUGUAAAGGCAGCAGCACCGACACCAUCUCCCGCUUCAUGUUCUGUGCUGGUUACAGUACGAUACACAUGGAUUCCUGUCAGGGGGACAGCGGCGGACCCCAUGCCACCCACUAUCAGAACACAUGGUUCCUCACGGGAAUCGUCAGCUGGGGCGAGGAGUGCGCUAAAGAGGGAAAGUAUGGCAUAUACACCCGUAUAUCCAAAUAUAUGAACUGGAUAAGUAACAUUACUGGCAUCAGAACAGGACAUAUGUCCAAUACUGAUCAACAGAGUGGGAAUUAGAUUAGGCCUUUGUGUGACUUACAAAUGAGUAGACGAUGGAAGCAAUCAGAAUCAACAAAAGAGCAAUGAUAUGCAAGUGCUAUAACAAGUCUCAGUUAGCUUAAUGCACUACACU